AUGAAAGGUGAACAAGAUGAAAGGAAUUUUCGCCCCCGAUAUAUAAAUGUUGUGAAACCUAGGAUCUGUAUUAUUACACCAACGAUCUUUUUACCAACAGAUCAUUAUUUACACAAGUUUGGUAAUUCUCGUAAAGAAGACUGCCUAACGCCAAUGCAAAUCAACUGA